AUGCCAAAAGGAAAGCAAUCCAAGGCCCGACGAGUGGCAGCCGCUCCCUCCCUCAUCAAGAAGAAGAAGGAGGUCAAAGAGCAAAACCCUCUCUUCGAGAAGCGAGCGAAGAACUUCGGAAUCGGCCAGGAUAUCCAGCCCAAGCGAGAUCUUACUCGAUUCGUCCGAUGGCCAAAGUACGUCCGACUUCAGCGACAGAAGGCCGUCCUCCAGAAGCGACUCAAGGUCCCACCAAUGGUCAACCAGUUCUCCAACACCCUCGACCGACAGACCGCCGCUGCUUUCUUCAAGCUCGCCGAGAAGUACCGACCAGAGAACCGAGCCGAAAAGAAGGCCCGACUCUUGGCUCGAGCUGAGGCUAAGGCUGCCGGCAAAGCCGACUCUGCUGAUGCCCGAAAGGCUAGCUUGACCGUCGGCGUCAACCGAGUCACCACCGCCGUCGAGAAGAAGAAGGCUUCCCUCGUCGUCAUCGCCCACGACGUUGACCCAAUCGAGGUUGUCAUCUUCCUCCCCACCCUUUGCCGACGAAUGGGCGUUCCAUACUGCAUCGUCAAGGGCAAGUCUCGACUCGGCCGACUUGUCGGUUUGAAGAACUGCUCUUCUGUCGCCCUCACCAACGUCAACGCCGAGGACCGAAACCAACUUGCCAAGAUUGUUGAGUCCGUCAACACCAACUACAACGAGCGAGCUGAAGAGAUCCGACGACACUGGGGUGGACAGAUCAUGUCCCAGCGAUCUAACGCCCGACAGGCCAAGAUCGAAAAGGCCCGAGCCAAGGAAGAGGCUAAGAAGCACAUGUAA